GCCAGCGUGGAACCGAAAUUUACAAUCGACAUGUUGAGCUAUGUUUGCGUCAACAGCUGCUUAUAUCUGCUCAUUGAAUUCAUUUGAAGACUGAUGUCUUUCAAAAGCAGGCUGCACUGUCUUCCAAGUGAGGAUGUAGAGAUUGAACGAAGCAGACGCCAUCUCAAGAAGGUUGUUGAUCUUAGGGGGCAACACCUAAGCUCUGUCCCCCCAGGGCUGUUUAAGCACUGUCAUCUCCUGGUCAGGUUGGAGACCUUGGACCUGAGCUUCAACAACCUUAGAGAACUUCCAAGAUGUAUCGAUACGCUGAGGAAUCUCAGGCAUCUGCAUGUCCACCACAACAGCCUGAGAAGGCUUCCAGCGGAGGUCUCACGGCUGAAGCAGCUCCAAACAUUGGACGUCUCCCACAACAGGAUAACGACAAUCCCACAUUGCCUUUGCGAUUUGGAGAAUUUACAGGAGGUUAAUUUUUCUGGGAAUCAUGUGAAACACUUAGAUGAGGGGAUGUUUCGAUCUCCUGUCUUGCAAAUGUUUGCAGUUACUCGGAACCCAAUCAGGAAUGUACCACGGGAUGUAUACGUGCAUGGAUUGCGGGCAAUCCGCCGCCAUUUUGGAAUACAGAUAGAAAAACCUGUACGCUUUCAUUCCAGGCAGGUCCUGGAGGAAUUACCAAUACCAGAACAAGUGAGAACGUUACAGCUACGGCACAAAUCUAAUUUAGUUGACACGUGUUACAGGCACGACUCUGAACCUGAUGUCUCUGAUGAAAAUGAUGAAGAGGUUGCCGCUAUAAACAAAGGUGUAAGUAAACAUAAACAAAUAGCAGGUGUGGUGCUUCUUGACAGAAAGCUAUCCACAAGUGAUUAUGGCUCCUGUUCAGGGUCUAAUAUUGAAAGUGAUCUAAUCCAAAGAGUUAGUGACUGUGAUGGACUGAGCUGCCAUGGAGAUUGCGGAAGUGACAAUGAAGAAUUCGGGUUUGAUCUGUGUGAGGAGGAAGAUCGUUGUGAGAUUUGUAUGCGCCCUCUGAGUACAGAUUACAUUGACCUCAGUGAUAUGACCCCAUAUGACUGCAUCCUGCCAAACCGAUCCAGACUUCUCAAAGUGUGUAAUGUGACGGUAGUCAUCCCAGAGCACAACAAAAUGAACUACAUGCGCAAUGAAUUCACGCUUGACAUCAUAAGUGACAGUAGCUUUCGGCCGGAUGAAGACCCGAUUAUAGUCCAAGCCAGUCCUGUCGUACUCCUUGGGCCACAUGGAGCUGUGUUCUAUGAAGAUAAGCCAGCAGUAAUACGGCUUCCUCUGUUUACAAAGAUCACCUUCCCAACUCAAGUUCACUGCUUGCGAAGUAACACAGACGACCUUCAGAGACCAUUUUGGGAGCGUAUUCCAUCCAGUGAUUUCCGUGUACGGGAGGGCUAUAUCCUUCUUAAAACUAGUCACUUCUCUUUGUUCACUGCUGUUUUGAACAAGACCCCGUUCAGUGUCAACCGAACGAUAACUUCUCAUGAGGGUGGCGUUCUGGAGGUGAAUGAAAUACCUGGUUUACAGGUGAAGUUUCCAAGAGGGUGCGUUCAUGGAGAAGUAGAAGCCAGCAUCAAAGUCUUGUGCUCUGAACUUCCACCUGAAGUUCGAACAAACAUAAAUGUAACCGAUGCUCUGGCUACCCCAGCAGUCAUACUCCAACCACACGGCUACCUCUUCAAUGCCUUGCCAGACAAUCCAGUCACUGUAAGGCUUCCCCUUCCAGACUACAGCGCCAUCAUCCAGAACUUUGGUUUUGAGGCUGAGUUAUCGGUAUGGCAUAGCCCAACAACUGAGGACCAGCCUGUUGCUUGGGAAGCCUUGAACACAAACUUCAAGAUAGUCUGCGACGAGAAUGGAAACCACUUCAUCGACAUCCAAGUUCUGCACUUUUCAUGGCUCACUGCCCUUUGGGCGAGCAUCAGGGGAAAGAUGCAGAAUGCACGGCUCGGAGUUGGCUUUGCGUACUCCGGCGGUGCGGUAAAUAUGAAGUGCCAGGCCUGUAUGCUGGAAAACCCUGACACUGGGAAGUUUGGUCUGGUAGUCAUCUGCCAUAACAGUGAAGACCCCAUGCAGGAUGUGGGGAACUACGCCAAGAAUGUUGGUGGUAGCUUGAAGCCAGUAAGCAUAGGCCCAGGUGGAUCGAUCAUCGUCAAGCUGGGUAAAUCAGACUACUUUGAGGCGGACACGGCAGCCGGAGAGGAUGAAACCCUAGAACAGAUCGAGGAGAACUACAAGGGUGGGGAGUUUGAGAAGCAAUUUGCCUGCAAGUUCAAAGGCCAGCCCUCCAACAAGGACAUCUUUGGCAAAGUGUUUGUCAGAAGGCGUUGGGAAAAUGGCACGGAGGAUAGGCUUUUCGAAUUUAAUCUCAUCAAGAAAACAGACGAACCAGCUUCAUCUCCAGAGGAUCCAUGGACAGCAGCAUCACUCAAACAACUUGCAGAGAUGCACGGAAUCACAGAUGGAGAUAAUUGGAAGCAGUUUGCCCGGGCCCUUGGCUUCAGCUUACAGGACCUGCGCACUAAGUUUGGACGCAGUUCCGACAUCUUUGCUGCCAUCAUAGCCGAGUACCGACGGCAAGGCGGUACUCACAGCGACUUCCUAAAGACGCUAAAUGAGGUCGGCCGGGACCUGCGAGUAGGUGACAGUGAAGCGCAGCCACAACAGCAGCAAACAACUCCAGCGUCAAGUUGGAUGGAGAUGAUAUCAUUGGGAUGGCUGACGGGAGCUACGACUACUGCCUCGUCUAUCACAACGACGCCCUCAACGUCAAGAGGGUACAAUGAAGAGCAAGCUGGCCCAAGUGGGUUGAAUCUCACCAGCCCGCGGAGAAAACGUGUCUGCUCUACAUGCGAAACAGAAACCUCAACCAACACUCAUUCUGCUGCCAAGAGGUUACGGUACGGCACUGCCACUUCCAUGAGCCCGUCGACUGCCGUCUCAUCUGAGGCAAUCCUUCUAGAGUCCUUGAGAAUCAGUCCUGAGCCCAAGCUGCCCACUCCACCCCGGUCACCGGGUACCUCAGUCCUCGGAACACUGCCAACCUUCUCUCGUUACUCUCCGCCCCUUGGUACCAUGACGAAUAGACAUUCGCAUGUUGCGGUCGUGCAGUCUCACACCGGCAAUGUAAUGUCAGCACACACCUCAGGUCCAGUGCCCAACCAGUUCUACAAUACCCCUCUCACGGAGACAAGAUAUGGGUCCAUACCUUCAUCUUCAAGUCAGUCAAUGCCUGAGAUGCGGUUACGCGUGGAUGAAGAUCUGAUGAGAGGCAACACAGAGGAGAUCACCCAGCCGCAGCUCUAUCGCAUCGCACCCAUCAUCCAGCCCCACUGGCUCAAAGUGGCACGCUAUAUCCGGGAGGAUGAGACCUUAGAAGCUGACCUCAGGGCCAUCAGAGAGAACCAUACGGGACCGGAGGAGCAGGCUGUCCAGAUGCUACUCCAGUGGAGAGAUAAAUGCCCAGAUAUCUGCACCAGGGGAAAGCUGUAUUCGGCACUCUGUGAUUUGAACUUGAGGAACAUAGCGAAGAAGUGCACCCAGGUUUAUAAUCGAAGGUGAUAUUUGUUGAGAACUCUUUUGGCAUUAUGGUUGAGGACUGGCAGUUUCCACGCAAGAAAUUCAAACAAGGAGGGAUUCACAGAAAUAACUCUUGUAAAUUGUGAAUUUGAAAUAAUAAUAAAAAUGAGCUGUAAAACAAGUUUAAUUUCUUGCAAAUGUAUGAACUACAUACAGCCUGUUGUCUAUACGUUUGUGAUAGUGCAGAAUAUGUUUGUUAGUAAUGAAAUUCCAUGUACUAAAUAGAAGUACUUCAGUUUGUAUCCAAUACAAAAUAGAAGUGUAGUUGAAGUAUGUCAUCAAAAAAUUAUUUAACACUGAAAUACGAAUGAAGCAACAACAUUAAAUUUCAACCCUACAAGUACUUAAGAAUCAUAAAACAUUUUUUAUUCAAAUAAGUACUCGUCGUUUGUGAACUAGUACUCAAGUAAAGCAUAACUGCAACUUCUUGCUAUUCAAAGGUUUGUUAUUUUAUGCAUAUGUUGAGAUACAUCAAGUAAGAAGACUGGUCUUUGACAAUUACCAAUAGUG